UCACCUACGGCUUCUCGCCGGUGCUGAAGACUCUGACAGAGUCCAUCAGCACGGAUACCAUCUAUGCCAUGUCAGUCCUCAUGCUCCUCGGUCACCUCAUCUUCUUUGACUAUGGUGUCAACGCUGCCAUCGUCUCCAGCACGCUGUCCCUCAACAUGGCCAUCUUCGCCUCCGUGUGCCUGGCCUCCCGCCUGCCUCGCGCCCUCCACGCCUUCGUCAUGGUCACCUUUGCCAUGCAGAUCUUCGCCCUCUGGCCGAUGCUGCAGAAGAAGCUGAAGGCCCAGACGCCGCGGUGCUACGUGGGGGUGACGGUGCUCUUUGCGCUGGCGGCGCUGGCGGGGCUGGCCACCAUCUCCAGCGUGGGGGCCGUGCUCUUUGCCUCCCUGCUGCUGGCCAUCUCCUGCCUCUGCCCUUACUGCCUUAUCCGUCUGCAGCUGCUCAAGGACAACAUCCAUGGACCAUGGGAUGAGGCUGAAAUCAAGGAGGACCUCUCCAGGUUCCUCAUGUAGGCCUGGCCCAGGGGAGAGGGGACAUUUCUCUAUGAACAGUGCAAAGGUCCUUGCUGGUGGACAGCCCUGGGGGGAGGACAUGAGCCAAAUAAAGCCCA